GACCUCGCUUGUUAAGCUGGAAGAUCAUUGAACCAUAUGAGGGUCAAUAAAAGAAUACAAAGUCACCGGUUGGUGAUUUCGGUACAAGGAACUUAAUCGUAGUUGAGUAUCUGUGUCCAUAUGCUGCUGGCCAUCAAAAGGGGAGUGUUUGAUCUUCAGCAGCUUGCCCUUCCUCAGGAUGGUUUCUGGAAAACUGAUCAAGCUCCUGGUUUUUGAGCUUUUCGAGUUUGCUGCUUUCUCCAUUCCCACGCUUGUGAUUGUGGAACAGUUUGCCACCAACUAUCAAACAAAGACGGGGAGCCCUGAGAAAACACAUUAUUGGCUGAUUGUUUCCUGUUCGAUUGCCUAUGUGGCUUCAGUGACUCUGCUGAUUUGGGUUCCCAUAAAAGUUCUCUUAUACAGGAAGCAUGCCUUUUCCAAAAAAAUUAAAGGAUGGAGACCUGUUAUGAUGAUGUGUGUUAUACUCACCACACUUCCCAGCUUCAGCUUUUCUAUCGCAGGGACUGAGGUUCAAAAGAGUAUUAAUGGUUCUGCGGAGAACUUACCUGAUACCUUACCUGAUCUGCCCGUUUCUCUGGUUCUGACUUCCUUGAUUGUGGUGGAUAUUAUUGAAAAACUCAGGAUAUAUUCUCUUAGAAGGUGGCAAAAUUGUAAUGAACUUGGAUAUGUCUAUACAACCACUUUGCACCAAGUAAAAACCGUAAUGGACCAAGUGAAGCAAAAGGAAGAAAAUACUUCGUCUCCGCAGCCAGCCAGGAGGACCGAGGCAUCACAGCCAUGGGGACAAAGCACACAGAGCCCUGCUCCAGCGCUGGGAGAACCCCAGGAGCCCUCCUUCCACUCGGGAAUCCUGGGAACCAUGUCCCAUCAGGACUAUCGUGCCCAGAUCAUCCUGUGGAGCUUUCUGCUGUGGUCUGACACCAUAGAAAUGGUGCGCGUGGCUGGCCACCCUGAUGUGUAUAAGUCAGGCUGGCUGUACCCAGUCUACAUAUUCAGUUUUAUUUCUCUCCUUCGGAUGAUAUUAACUCCUCAGAACCCUCUUCAGAAUUCCCUGGGCGUCUUUCUCCAAGACUUACCCUUUAUUUUUAUUAGACUUAGUUUAAUCAUUGCCCUGGGAACUAUCACACCGGUAUUGGGCCUUUGUAAAAACAUGCUAGUGACUCUCUCUCAUGUUUACUUCAAUUACUUAUCCAAAUUCAGAGCUUUCUCUACCUUUGAAAUGUCUUCGUUUUAAAAAGAAAGUGGAAUAGGGCCACCUGGGUGGCUCAGUUGGUUAAGCAUCUGACUUCAGCUCAGGUCAUGAUCUCAUAGCUCAUGGGUUUGAGCCCCGCGUUGGGCUCUGUGAUGACAGCUCAGAGGUAUAAAUUUUUGUCCUAUGGAAAGAAAUGAGGAAUACAUUGUAGAGAAUAAACUGUUUUUAAUAAGGGUAGCUUAUCACUUUUUGAAAAGUAUAUUCAACUGAUGUUAAAUUUAAGCAACGUUUUAUUCUUAUAAGUUAACUCACCUGGAUCUCUAGAAAAUGUUAGUAAUUUUAGUUAGUUAUGUAUACUGCACUUUUUCUAAAAACACUCUUCAUUAAAGUCUUAAAAAAAUUAGAACAUGUUUUCCCACUAAGUCCAAGAAUGAUAUUUUUAUCAUUUAUAUAAAUUAAAGAGCAUUGCAAGAAUGAAUUAGAUAGAACUAUUUUUUUAGAAAAUAUACCUGAUGUUAUUGAAUAAGUUUUAGAUUAUACUUGAAAAAAUUUGAACGGUAGAGUCACCUGGAUGACUUUAGUUGGUUAAGCGUCCAACGCUUGGUUUUGGCUCAGGUCAUGAUCUCACAGUUCAUGAUCUCCAGUCCCGUAUUGGGUUCUAUGUUGCCGGUGCAGAGCCUGCUUGGGAUUUUCUCUCUCUCUCUCUCUCUCUCUCUCUCUCUCCCUCCUUCUCUCCCCCUCCCCUGCUCGCCCUCCCUGUCUCUCUCAAAAUAAAUAAAUAGGCAUUUUUAAAGAGAUAUAAAACAUUUAUUAAAAAAUGUUUUUGAGCUGUAGUUUUAAGGUCUCCUUCAAACAUGGAACUAUGUUCUUUAAUCUGCUGUGGCAAGCGACUUUUAUGUAAUUGACUGAUUUCAGCAUAAACAGCAAUUCAGUUUAACAGAUGUUUGGUUCAGUUUAAGGCAUAGCCCUUUGCUCAUACUGAAGUACUAAUAUACAUAUUGUUAAAUGUAAUGAAGUCUAGGUACAUCAGUAGCACCUAAAGUUUUAUCAUAGAAAGAGGCCAUAAAUUGAAGGUUUGGAUUUCAAAGAAUAUUUUAUUUGUGGAAUUUCAUACCAUCAUAAAAAUAGUCACAAGCCCUGUUUAAAAAUUUUUUAAUGUUUAUUUAUUUUGGAGAGAGAGACACAGCAUGAAUGGGGGAGGGGCAGAGAGAGAGAGAGAGAGAGAGAGAGAGAGAGAGACAAGAAUCUGAAGUAGGCACUAAGCUCUGAGCCGUCAGCACGGAGCAUAAUGUGGGGCUGGAAUCACAAAGGGCGAGAUCAUGACCUGAGCUGAAGUCCCACACUUAACCAACUGAGCCACCCAGGUGCCCCACAACCCUGUUCAAAAUUAGAAGUUCAGGUUAUGAACAUAACAGCAAAUGCAUCUGUGCUGUAUGUGAUAAUAUAUACUGAAUGCCUUGAUGUGAAGUAAUUAGAUGCAUAAUUAUAUCAUUUGUCUUCACAACUUGGUGACACUUGUGGAUAUUCAGCUGCCAGAACGAUUUGAGAGGCUUAUGUGUGCAGAGUAAUGUGUCAAACUAGCCAGUCUCUUCAAUGAUCUGUGGCAACAAAUAUGGUAAGAAUGGAUAACAGAACUUGCAUGCUAGCCCUUGUCUCCAUCAAAGUCCCCAAUCUCGCAGAUCCCCUAUGCUUUAUGGGCUUUCUUCCCACUAUAAGAGGUCUGUUUACGCUUCUUUAAAAGCUUAGCUUCUGGCUUUAUGGCUUUGGGUAAGUUCUUUGACCACUGUAAACCCUAGUUUCCACAUCUAAAACAAAAGCAUAAUAAUCUUACCUUAAUAGGUUAGAAUUGUACUUUAAUAGGUUGAUGAGGAUUACAUGAGAUAGGAAAUGCUGUCAUCAUAUUGUCUGGCAAACAAUAAUAACUUGAUAAACUAAGUAUUUCAAAUGUGCCACAUUAACCAUUUUAUUUAUGAAAAAUAAUAUGUAAAAUCUCAAGGUCACCUUAGGUUAUAAUUUUUCACCAAGUAGCAUGAGGUCCAAAAAUGAGCAAUCUACUGAAUAUACAGAUUAAAGUUGAUAUGAGUAUUCACUCGUCAGGCAUUUGAUUGUCCCUCCUGAGUUCUUAUAGUGCUAAUUAUAGUGCUCUAUUAAGACUUUAUUUGAGGGUUUACUUUUCUGAGUUCCCCAUUAAUGCUUAAAUUCCUUAAAGGAAGUCCUGAUGGUGUCUUGUGGGUUUCCCUCUUCAUCUGUCAAUCCAACAGGCACUUAUGAUACUUAGAACUCUAAAAAAUUGAGAAUUCAAAUAAUCUCUUUCAAAUUAUGCCAUGAUAAUCUUUUUUAAUUAAGAAAAAUGUGUAGGUGAAGUAGUUGAUUCGUAAUUUUCUUAAAUCUGAAAACAUUUGACAUACAUUUAUAUUUAUCUUUAUAUUGGAAUUUAUAGAGUGACCAGUGGUCAGACAAACUCUAAAGUAUUACUUACUGGAAUUUAGAAUGUGUUUUGUGUUUAAUAGUUGAAUAUGGAUAUACCUGGCCUACUGGGAAGUCACAACACUUUAUACAAACAGUAAAGAGAUGUACAUGUAGAGGAAAAUUAUUGAGUAACAAUUUAAUAUUUUAUUUCAAGAGUAUACACAUGUUUAUAAAGUUCAAGUCUAUGAUAGUCUUUCAUUUCAAUGCCUUUCAGAAGUUUUAAUUAAAAGAUUUUUAAAUUGAA